AUGAAAGUCUCAGAAGAUUUUGCUUCGAGUCUCAAGCUGAAUCACAAUAUCAUUGUCUCAGGCAUCUCAUCCAAAAUUCACAAGAAUGUGCGCAAAAAACUUUUCUAUGACUUGGCGCCAUAUGAUUUAUCUAAGACACCGGUGCAGCCGUCCCUUUGCAGCUCAUUUUGUAGUGCAUCGACGGUAGUAUGGAUUAUGUUCGAGCUCACCCUCCGACCCGAAUACUUCCAGCACAUACGCGAAGAAGCAUUGAAUCACGCGGAUCCUCUCACACUCGACCUGAAUGCACUCGAAAUUGGCACGGCUCUUCAAAAAGCGACUUGGUUGGACUCAUUCAUCCGCGAAGUCAUGCGAACCAAAGGAGAUACCCUCAGUAUGUGUCGCCGCACGACGAUCGACACGGACAUGGGUGGCUAUACCAUUCCCAAAGGGUCAGUCUACUCUUCAAAACCCUCCAAGCUCUCAAGGGAUUUAGCCAUCUUGUUUAUCCUCUCGCAACCCUUGCGCACAUGA